GCAGUGUUACCCCUCAAAUUGCGAUGGCAGCGUCCAGAGCCCAGGGGCCUGGGGCCACAGACUGUGUGACCAAGGUGGCCCUGAGCAUCUCGUGUGAGAAUCUGCUGGACAUGGACACAUUCUCAAAGUCUGACCCUCUAUGUGUGCUCCUCAUGAAUCCCACAGGGCAGCACUGGUGUGAGAUCGGCCGAACGGAGAAAAUCCAGAACUGCCUCAAUCCUACAUUUUCCAAGAGCCUUAUCCUGGACUACUACUUUGAGAUGGUGCAGAAGCUGAGGUUUGAGGUGUACGAUAUCGACUCUGAAAACUGUAGCCUGGAAGAGGCGGACUUCCUUGGACAACUGGAGUGCACCCUUGGACAGAUUGUCUCCUCAAGUAAACUGACCAAGCCACUUGUUAUGAAAGACCAGAGGCCUGCGGGGAGAGGAACCAUCACUAUAAGUGCAGAAGAGAGGACAGACAACAGAGUUGUAACAUUUGAUGUUUCUGCAAGAAAACUGGACAAAAAGGAUUUUUUCGGCAAGUCCGACCCUUUCCUGGAGUUUUACAGGCAGACAGACACUGGAUGGCAGCUGGCUCACAGGACAGAGGUGGUGAAAAACAACCUCAACCCGAUAUGGAAGCCAUUCCGAAUCCCCAUGCAGGCACUCUGUGGAGGUGACGUGGAAAAGUCUGUAAAGGUGGAGUGCUUCGACUACAACAACAGCGGCUCCCACGACUUUAUCGGAUCCUUUCACACCACGCUCUGCCAGAUCCAGCAGGCCACGCAAACUUCCCAAGCGGAAUUCGAAUGCAUGAACAGCAAGAAGAAGCAGAAGAAGAAAGGAUACAAAAACUCAGGAAUCAUCGUCAUCAAACAAUGCAAGAUAGUGAAGGAGUACACUUUUCUGGAUUACAUAAUGGGCGGUUGCCAGAUUAACUUCACAAUUGCUAUUGAUUUCACAGGUUCCAAUGGAGAUCCCCAGACACCCAGGUCCCUCCACUACAUCAGCCCUCACGGAUACAAUGAGUACCUCUCAGCUAUCUGGGCUGUGGGUAAUGUCAUCCAGGACUACGACAGUGACAAGAUGUUCCCUGCCUUUGGUUUCGGAGCUAAGAUCCCUCCCACGUGGCAGGUCAGCCACGAGUUUCCCAUCAAUUUCAACCCAUCUAAUCCAUUUUGUGCAGGCAUAGAGGGUGUGGCUCUUGCCUACCAGCAGUGUCUGCCUCAGGUGAAGCUUUAUGGGCCAACAAACUUUUCCCCGAUCAUCAACCACGUCGCCCAUUUUGGCAGACAGGCCUUGCAGCAGCAAACUGCCUCUCAAUACUUUGUCCUGCUGAUCAUCACCGACGGGGUGAUCACCGACAUGGACCAGACGCGCACCGCCAUCGUCCACGCCUCCCGGCUGCCCAUGUCCAUCAUCAUCGUCGGCGUGGGGGGGGCGGACUUCAGCGCCAUGGAGUUCCUGGACGGCGACGACGGGAACCUGCGCUCGGCGACGGGCGAGGCCGCCAUGAGGGACAUCGUGCAGUUCGUCCCGUUCAGGCAGUUCCAGAAUAGUCCUCAGGAGAUGCUGGCUCAGAGUGUGUUGGCAGAGGUCCCAGAGCAACUUACGGGCUUCUUCAACGUCAUGGGUCUGAAGCCUGCUCACAGCCUGCCCGCCCCCGCUGACCCUCCUGCUUCAGCUUCAGCUCCCCCCCCGUGACACGUUCUGGAAACCCAGACUUUGUCCUCCAUUUCAAUUCAAUUCACUUUAUUUACAAAGCACCUUUCGUACAGAAAGUAACACAAGGUGCUUUACAUGGAAACACAUUUGAAAUCAUAACCAAUCAUAACCUCCUCUCAUGUAUACACACACACAAUAUGCCCCCCCCCAUCCCACUGCCACCCUACCAUCCCAUCUAAACUCAAGUUACCACCUUUUUAAAACCAGUUUGACACUAGAGAGAGGAAACAGUAUCCUGGGGAUGCCAGGAUCCAACACCCUUAACCACAGAAGCCGUCGCCACUGGAAACCAGCCCCAUCAGGGCAGGCCAGGGUCCACACUCCAGCCACAUUGCACUGAUGGACCCCAGGUUACCGAGAUGAGGAUGAUCACCAUGACAACGACCCUGCAGACGGCGCAGAAAGAACCCCCAGGAUGGAGGAUCCCCAUGAAGUUAAAAAUCUUGGACAGUAAGACCAAUCAAAAGCAACAGUUUGAAAUGUCAAUCAAAUUGCCAGAUAAAUUAGUCUAUAAAAAUGAUAAGUAUAUAAUAAAAAUAAACAAAUAGAUAAAAAUGAGAUAUAUAAGAGGCCAGGCUUCAGCCCACUUUACCUCUGAACUUUUGGCAUGUGGGACUUAGUAUGAUAGACAUGUCAAAAGACAGAUAGACAAGUCAAAGUGUAAAAUCCUAAGAACAAAGUCACCAUCUUAGGGUGUCCCCUAAUGUUUUAAAAUGUAACCGUAAUCCGUCUACAGGAAAGGACAGCAGUGCUCACUUAUUCAUUAUUUCCUGAAUAUCUCCUUUCCUAUCCCCCUGUCCAGUACAACUGCCAUUUCAUCCUUCAUCACCCUCGACAACUCAUGUAGGCACGAAAAAAUCUAAGAUAUUCAAUUAAAACCUCUGAGCUGAGCUUGUUUCCGGGGAAAAACUUUCAAAAUGCCUCUUUAAUGUUUACAGGAUCAAUCCAAACAGUCAUAUGUUUCAAGUACUGUUUUUUAAAAUAUAUUUGAAUUUAAAAAAAUGUUUUUUUGUUGUUGUUAGAGUUGCUCACUUUGUCUUAUAAAUCAUGCAUUUUAUUUGUUUUACUGGCUGCUAGGUGCUUCUGUGUAUGUUUUUAAUGAAAAUAAUCGCUAUCAAAGUAUAAGUUAUCAGGUCUAGAUUUUCUAUCAUAAAAUUUUUAUACAGCAUCUCAAAAAAGUCUAAAUGAAAUGUAUUAAACAUGUGUUAGUAUAUGUGUAAUAUUAAUUAUUCUUUACACUUAAGUCUUUGGCACUUUCCUAAUGAUUGUCCUUUUUUAUGCUUAACUCAUGUUAUACGAGGACAAAAUAUCACCUGCCUCAUAACCCAGAAUUAUUUUAAUCAUGUAAAGUUUGAGAACUUUUACUCAGAAGGGCAUUUGUAUUUACUUUUCAUUUUAGUGUGUAUUUGUACAAUUUGUACAUGCCCAGACCAGAUAUUAGACUUGUUCUAAAAUCUGUUGAUCAAUUAAAAAAAGAAAUAUGAAAGUAAACACUAAUAGCAGACUAAUAUGAGAUUUGUCUUUUUUCUUUCUAUUUUUUUACAUAUUUCCCUAAGCUAAUAUAUAAUAUGUUCAGUAGAAAUAUACUGACACAUAUUCUAACUUCU